AUGACGACGUACGUCAAGGAUAUACAGGAAAUACCGAAUUUAAAACCCCCGCAAGAAACAUUUGUUGAUGAUCCACAAUCACUAAACGAAAUCCAUUUGGAGGAACUCAACUUUGACUUGGUAAAUGGCUUGAAAAAGUUUGAUAACUUGCACAUCCUUCAUGCCAUCUACAUGCUUGCCAUUGUGACCAAGUUUACAAUCAUCUUGCAAAAGCAACCAGAACUAUAUCAAAAAUUUCGCAGACAACAGUUGAAUAAAUGGGGAAUAGAUAUCGAGAGUAGUAAAGAGCAGAGUGGGGGUGUGUGUCGACGUGAGCGUGAGCAUGAGCGUGUCAAUGUAGAUGGCAUUGGUGGAGAUGAUCCUACCGACGAGCUAUUUGCAAACAUAGAUGAGGUUGAAGACGACCGUACGGCAUCUGCAUCAUCUGCAUCGUCGUCGUCAAGUGACUUGAGCAAAUCAAGUGAAGAAAGGGGCGAGAUCAUGGAUGAAGCUAUUUUAAGUCAAGACGAGUCCGAAUUGGAAGAUGUAAAGCACGUUGGUGAAACAAACACCAACGAAAAAGACGACAUUUCUGUAUUUCAGGAUGAAAACAUUGAUGAUAUCCAUUUCAAAUCCUCCCCUACAUCAUACUCCUCGUCGACAACUCUGUCAACGACUCUGUCAACAACUCUGUCAACAACUCUGUCAACAACUCUGUCACAAAGGCACCAAUUAUCGGUACAGCCACCUUCCUAUAUACCAGUUGAGAAAUUAUUGCAAAAUACCAAUCUCAAUAAACGCAAUAUACCUGUAACAAGUAACCACAAGAAACUAGCAGCAGAGUUACAGCAUGCUAAUCGAGCAGUACAUCAUCAUCCCCAGCACCACAAACACUUGGUUAAAAUUUUCAACUUGAUAAAACUUCCCAAUCUUAGUAUUGAGCAAUUUCUCUUACGCAUAAACCAAUACUCCAACCAAAUAUCCCUAAACGCAUACUUGCAUUCUAUAUUUAUCAUUUACAAAAUCACCAUCCUACUAGAUUUAUUCACGUUGAACGAUAAUAACUGCUUUAGAUUAAUCAUUGGAUCACUUCGCACUUCAAUUAAGCUCCUAGAUGACGUGUACCAAAAACAAUCAAGUUUCAAAAACGUUGUUGGGUGCAACGCCAAGGAUUUGCUAAAGAUUGAAAUUGGCUUUCUAUACUUGGUCAAUUUUAACAUGAACUUGGAAAUGGAAGAAGAGCAUAUUAAGCGAUUUUUACAAGACGAUUUCAAUUCUUUGUGUAUUUUUAUGAAAAACGAAAUGUCACAGGAGUACAAUGGGGUGGUACAAGGUUUUCAAAAUUUAGAGUCAAACUAG